AUGAAUAGAACUCAAAAUGCAAUGACACAGUCAGAAUCCAAAGCGCAGUUUGGUAGUUUUCGGCAACAGUUAAGCGCAAUAUUGAGACAACAUUAUAUUUUACAGAAAAGAUACUAUGUUCAAACAUUUGUGAUAACAGUCAUUGCGCCAGUUGUAGUUUUAUUGAUUAUAUUAGGAUUAUGGAUGUCGACGAAAGAUUUGAUAGAUUCAAAUGAACUCGUUAAGUAUCAAGAGUUAUUAAAUACGUCCAAGCUACCCAAUACAAACCUUGUAGUAGAAGAUAUCAAUAAAGAGCUUGCAACUUGGGAUUUACCAGGAUUAUAUCAAUGCGAGCCUCCAAUUCGUGAAAAAACUAAAUGCAUUACCUUAUUGUAUGCGCCUAGUAAUCAACAAGCGACCAAGAUUAUGCAAAUUUUCGCAGAUAAAAAUAAAGAACGCACGGGAAAAGACUAUUCAUUACAGAAUCCCAAAGUAGUAGAUUUCGCUGUCUCUUUUGAAUUCCCAACUGUUGAUAGAGUGGAAUACACACUUUGGUAUAACUUUACAACUGUCCAAAACAACACGAUCUAUGGCAAAGAAUCUCAAGGAAAUGCGAAUUCAGGAUUAUUUGACACGAUAAAAAAUAGCGUGUAUUCUAAUGGUCAAUACCUCGAUGCCGGAAUUGAUGACUUUGGGAAUAAUCUUCUGUCGGUAAAACGAGGAAUCGAAGAAGCAAUUUUAGCUUAUAGUGGAUUUCCAAACGCAAAAAUUGAUAUCAAGAUAAAAGAAUUCCCAGAUAUGCAGUUGAAAAUUGCACAAGAUUCUAACGACAAUAGUAAUGGUGCCAAUACCGAGUUUAACGUGGAUGUUUUUCAAUCCAUUGGAAUGUUUUUGGUAGUUCCAAUUUUAAUGAUUUUCGUAGUGUCAGGAGUUAUGGAUACAGUACGUGAAAAAGAAUAUGGACAAAGAAAUUGGAUGGAAAUGAUUGUAGCCUUCGUGUUUUCUUUGCUAGCAUUCAUUUACUUGUCUAUUGUCGUCAUAUUUUGGGAUAUUUGGUAUAUUUCUGAGAAAAAAAUUGCUGCAGGUGAUUUUUCAAAACCACAAGGUACACCCGCCGGAUGGAUGAUUGGACUUUUCUUGCCAUUUUUCCAAUUUGGAGAACUCUAUGCGCAAAUUGUCUUGAAAUCAACAAAGACUCAAUUCUACCCUGAUAAUCCUGGUUUCAAUUGGAAUGAUCUAACGAAUCAAACUUUAUAUAAUAACAUAAAAGCCAAGCAAUUCCUGCCACAACCAUACCGCCCGUUGAUAAUCAUGUCUGCUCAAAUUAUCAUAUACACCAUGAUAGUUUGGAUUAUUGAUCAGGGACCAAAAUUUUAUGCUAGGAAUUUCGGCAGAAAACAUCAAGAAACGUUAAAUGAUGCACAAUCGUUUCAGCAUUCAACAAACUCGAAAGAUUUGGAUGAAGAUUUGGCAAACGAAAGAUCUCGUGCACUUGAUCUCGAGCAACCAUCUGGUAAAACUACGACAAUCUCGAUUAUAGCUGGUCGUCUACAACCAACAUCAGGUUAUGCCACGAUCUAUGACAAGGAUAUCAUCACACACAUGAAUUUGAUUCGAAGUUCAAUGGGCAUCUGUCCACAGCAUGAUUUGCUAUAUGCGGAUUUAACCUGUGAAGAACAUAUAACCCUUUUUGCCGGAAUAAAAGGAAUCAAAGUGAACGUGGAAGAGUUAUUGGCAAAAGUUGGCUUGGAAAAAGCUAGAAAUUUCCCCUCGAGUAAAUUGAGUGGCGGGAUGAAGCGGCGGCUGAGUGUUAUUAUUGCAUCAAUUGGAGAUCCAAAGAUAUUGAUUUUGGAUGAACCGACAACAGGCAUGGAUCCAUUGAAUAGACGACAAGUGUGGUCGUUUUUAUCUGAAUACAAAAAGAAUCGAAUAAUUCUUCUCACAACGCAUUCGAUGGAAGAAGCGGAUUUACUUGGCGAUCGUAUCGGGAUUAUGGCAAAUGGAAAAUUACGAGCCAUCGGAAGCUCGACGCAUCUUAAGAAUAAGUAUGGGAUUGGGUAUCGCAUUCAAAUCCAAACCGACUCGGAAAAUGUAGAAUCCGUUCAACAAUGGGUUUCUCAACUUGCGCCUCUAGCUAUACUUCAAAAUGCCGACGCUGGUGAACUAAUCUAUCAAAUUCCGACAAACGCGACGACCGAGAUAGCGAAUUUCGUUGAUCUGCUCGAAGAUAAUCCUGAAGGAAUGAUUAAUGGCUGGGGAAUAAUGAAUACCACAUUAGAGGAUGUGUUUUUAAGAAUCUCCAAAGAAAAGGAGAUAAAACCUAUCGUUACUAAUAACACUAUGAUGACAGCACAAACAUGA